UGAUGAUGUUUCUUCUUUGUAUGAUGUGUGCGAACAAACCAUUUGCGUCAAAAACACAAACAUAAAAUUCGUACAGUCAUCUCGGAAAGUCCAUCAGGGGGAUCCUUUUCAAGCAUCUUCAAAGAUCUCUUAUUUCUGGGUAAAAAGAGUCUUGUCAUCGUCGUUACCUCAAUUCUUUCGCACGGCAGACCGCAUAGGGUUGGUCACAUCGGUACAGACAGGAGAGGAAGGAGGCGGCGGAGGAGUAAGAUAAAAGCGGAGUGUAGCGGAGACGCGGCGCACACUCGAUGGCAACAAUCGGACAGAGAAAGAGGUGGAAAUUUCUCGCUCCGUCCGCUCUUUCUCUUUUGGCUCCACGCGCACGUCACGCGACGUGCCCUGACGACGAUCGGUUAUUCUCGCAAGAGAGAACACAGUUGGUUAUCGCGAUUAUCGAAAACGCGAACGGCCAGCGAACGAAGCGGGUUCGUCAAAUCCAUCUGCGCUUCAAUUCAAAGCUCUCCCGAAUCGGUGAGCGAUAAAAGCGACGAGCGGAGAUUGGUAACACGAGAGAACAUCUGUGUCCGGACAAGAAGAUCGACCGUCCUCUAGAUAAAAGAGAGAAGCGUCUUCAGAAGCGCACUUUAGACGACAGACAAAGAUCAGCAGAUUAGCUGGAAAGGAGUUACUACUGGAUUAUUGUCGACACAUCGGCAGCGGAGCGCCAUGUGUGUACGCACGUUGGUUGGUAACGAGAUGACGAGCGAACCGGUUGUCCGAUCACCGUCCGAGUCGAAGCACAGCAACAGGUUGUCCCGUGCCAAGGAGAAGUACAUGAAGCUCCACGACGAGAUGCUGGAGAGAGAAGAGCUAACGCGCCGGCAACAGCGAGCGGAGAAAUCGUUCUACCUGCCUGACCUGGCCGACGAUGUUCUGGCUGCCAGCACGGUCCAUUACAGCUUGUUACUGAUGAAGCUGGCCAAGUACUACCAGAUCGUUCGCCGUAGCAAAGCGUUCAAAAUUCUGUUUUACACUGCACAGCCCGCUCACGUAAUCAUGAUCGCGUCGGUCUUGUUUGUUACAUCGUUUCUUGUGCCGAUGAAAGAGAGGGUGCAGGUUUCUGGCCAUCUCACUUCAAGGACGACAUCCUUUAUUUAUCUCGCGUCCUUCGUCAUACACUUUGGCGCUCAAAUUUGGAUGACUUUUGUAUCAGGUUUAUCUUUAUAUUUCGCAUUGCCACGGCACGCGUUUGGUGAGGUCCAGCGCGUUCUGUUCCCAAGAUAUUUUACGAUAAACGCGUGUUUGAGUCUUAUCACGCUCCUCAUAUUUGUCAAGCAUCAUCCAACAAACACGUGGGACACGGAGAUCGCUACUCAAGUCAUUGCGAUGUCCGGAGCCUUCUUCUUGGAGUUGCUGAUACGUCUUUAUCUGACACCUCCGCUUUUGCGGCUCAUCGUACAGAAGAAUAACUUGGAACGCGCGGCAGGUGUCGGCAACGAAAUCGGUCGUCACAAUCCCGGACCGCUGAAGAACUGUCCGCAUUAUCUGAAGAUCCAUCAAGCGUUCCGUCGGGUACAUGUGUGCAUCGCCAUGGGAAACAUGCUCACCAUGGCGUGUACAGUUCUUCACCUUCACUACAUAGCAAGUAAAUUAUGUGUUCUGUAAAAAAAAAACUAAUCGAACUCUUCGAUUGAAAAAUCUGUAUACUCAUUUGCUUGAGAACUCGAAGAAGUCCUCGGGAAGGACGUAAGUUUGAAUUUGCAAAAAAAAAUGCUAUUUAUAUUAUAAUUAAAUUGUCUGAAGAAACAAGCGCGUGUCUUGUACGAAGAUAACAAGUCUGAACGCAUCGGAGAAUUCCGAUACAUAGCAAAAUGCGAUUUUUCCUGUCAUUAAAAAAAAGUCACUUGGAACAAGUUGGUAACAAGUUACGCAACUGCCUUGAAGCUUAAAUCUCGAGGAAUAAUUAUCGAGAUGGAAGAUCUUCAAUGUUCUGACUACUAGUAAUUUUUACUCUGAGCUUAUUCUAUAUUAAAGUAGAGUAAAACACUCAGUAAAAAUAUAUGUACUUCGUUCGCAUGACACAAGUCGCGUAGUGACUUAUUUUCGGAGCAUUAUUAUUUAAACUCGUGAAGAAAAUCAAGUCGAGAUGAAAAGGAAACGUUUGUCAAAAAACUUUUCUCGCAACUACGAUCUGCCAAUAAAUCGUAAUUAGUAAUGUUGUGUAGAUUAUUAUUGUUGAAAUUGCGCAGUGCGAAACUGCGUGCAUAUAACUUGUACGAGUGUCUCAAGAAUGAGCGGACAUAUAAUUUGUUCAUCGAUAUGAGAAAAAAAUUGAUGUAUUUAAAUAAACGCGAAAUAGAGAUGUUGAUUUAGGACAAAUUUAUGUAGAUAUUCUAAGGACAUUGGUAUAUACUAUAUAUAUAUAUAGGUAUAUAUAUAUAAAUGUGUUAUAUAUGUGUAUUAAUGUCUAGCUUUAAGGCACAAUUUCUUGCCAAAGCGAAUUUCUUUUGCUGACAUGACGACAAAUUAAUAAACGCCAUGUUAAAACACUUUGUGGUAAAUAAAAAAAUAUUUUCUCGAUCUACGGCUAAAACCGUAGUUUGCUGGAUUUCAAGAUUUAACGCAUCUCGGCUUCUCGUGUGAUUAUAAACAGAUCGCCCCGCUACAUUCUAUAGAAAUAAUAAAAAUAUAAUUACUCUGUAUCAGAGUUGGUGAUAUUUAUUGAACUAAAAUAAGAGAGAAAGACUCUUGUAUAAAAAAAAAAAAAAAAAAAAAAAAAAAAAGAUACAUAUAUGUUCCAACGUCAGAAGAAGAUGAAAGGAAGUUGACGCUAUUGUUUUUUUUUUGUAUUAAUCGAUUGAAUUGUGGACUCAUACACACACAUGGUAUAUAUCAUUAAUGUAAAUAACUUCGUUCGCUUACAUCUAUGUAAAUCACCGAUAUCGUAUGUAACAAUAUAUAUGUAUGUUGUUUUUAUAAA